AUGGCGUCCCAACAGCAGGCGCAAAAACUGGCCCAUGCAAGGGCUACCAGAUCAAAGAACAACAACUACCGGAGACUUAUCAAAACGCUGUACUCAAAAUUGGAGAAGAUGGGCGAAAUCUACGACGCAGACAUUUACUUUCCGCAAGAUCUCGAGGUGCUGCCAGGUUGCGGCUGGGCCUGCAACAACCCGGAUGAUUAG